AUGACUCCGUGGGACUCCGACUGGGCCGGCGGAACCGAAGGCUCGGAUAUCCGGAUUGCCAAAGAAUAUUCCUUGGAUGUGCGGAAGAUCAACCAUGCCAAGGAGGUGGCCAGUGAGGUCUUCCCCCUCGAGCGAGCUGUUACACCCUUUUCGGAAUACAAGUUGCGACUGGGAAUUGCUAUCAUGAUCGAGCCCGGCAUUGAACCAAAGACCGCUGAUGCAGUACGGCAGUGGGUCAACAAGGGUGGAAAGUUGAAAGUUGGCGGUGAUGUGCUGGUGGGCCUCAAGCGCUGGGAGACGCUGGUUCCCAAAACCCCAGAGGUCGACAAGCUCCUGCACAACAUGCCCGAGGAGCUCGAAGCCGCGUUGGCUCAGAAGUCAAAGCUCAUUGGCCCCGGCGACCUCCCUGCAGACCUGACGCCGGCUCAGCGCCACACGGCCCUGGGCUAUCAGGCCAAAGGACUGGAAUUUGUCAAGGCGCAGGCCAAGGGCACCGACUUGACGCCACUGCUAAUUGCACCCACAGUGCUGCACAGCGCCCCGAAGAGCCUGAAGCCGGGCUCCAAUUUCCAGAUCCUGAUGGACAAGCUGGACGGCGAGUUGCCGAAGAAGGAGGAGAUUCAGUUUGUGGGCUUCGGCUUGGCUCCAGGAGUGGCCUCGGGGCCCCAGAGUUUGGCCCGGGAGCUGGUCCUCAGCUUUCUGCACGAAGGCCAAACGGUCCAGGUGCAGCUGCCAGAUCCGGAUGCAGUAGCCAGCGCGGCAGCAGCCGGAAGCGGGCCGCGCAAAGCCACGCCUGGCAACAAGUUUGAGGUCCCGACGGUGGUACCCGGAGAGGUGCUUUCCUACGCUGUCAAGGUGGGCGACACCUUGGAAAAGGGGCAGAUCCUGUGCGUCCUGGAGUCAAUGAAAAUGGAGAUGAAGAUUCCGGUGCCGGAUGAGCUGGUCGGUCUCAAAGUGAAGGACCUGCCGUGCAAGGGGAGGACCAAGGAGAAGCAGGGCGACAUCCUGGCGCCAGGCGACCUCAUGAUCGAGCUCUCGGAGUGA